ACGCCAUCUUGAGGAGACCCCGAACGCAGCGCUGGUUGGAGGCGACUGACAACAAUCUGAGGCUCAUCAUGACGGGAUUACUCACCUCCAAGUAACGCGGCAGCGCUCCAGUUUCGGGUCACAGGCGUCCAGGGGACAGAAGAGGAGCCGCUCGGCGACGGUUCACCGCUCCGGGUCGUUUUUAACCGAGAGAGGCAGCGCUGUAGUCCGAUGGCCGGCUAGCUGCUCCGUGGACUCCGCCGCGGCCUGCUCGGGAGGAGGAAGGGUGGUGACGGCGCAAAAUGCUCUACCGCUGACUCCCAACAACACGGUCAUCCUGCCCAGAGACCCGCUGCGAGUUGGACGACGAGCACGAUGCACUUAUAGAUCUUUUUAAACGCUCUUAACUUCCCGAUUUUUGUUUCCGUUGUGAGCCACAGUGAGCGCCGUCUUGCGUACCCUGAAUUCCCGAGACAUGUCAUCCAACUGCACCAGCGCAGCGCCUGUCAGCGCCAGCAAAACCAAGACGAAAAAGAAGCAUUUUAUAGGACAGAAAGUGAAAUUAUUCCGUGCAAGCGAACCCAUUCUCAGCGUUUUAAUGUGGGGUGUCAACCAUACGAUUAACGAGUUAAGUAAUGUGCCUGUACCAGUUAUGCUGAUGCCAGAUGACUUUAAAGCCUACAGUAAGAUCAAAGUGGACAACCACCUAUUUAACAAAGAAAACCUGCCUAGUCGCUUUAAGUUCAAAGAGUACUGUCCCAUGGUGUUCAGGAACCUGAGGGAGAGGUUCUGCAUUGAUGACCAGGACUACCAGAACUCUCUGACCCGGAGCGCCCCGCUCAACAGUGACUCCCAGGGUCGCUUUGGCAACCGCUUCCUCUCCAGCUACGACCACCGCUUUGUAAUCAAAACCGUGUCCAGUGAGGACAUCGCUGAGAUGCACAACAUCCUAAAGAAAUAUCACCAGUUUAUAGUGGAGUGUCAUGGCAACACGCUGCUCCCUCAGUUCCUGGGCAUGUACAGGCUAACAGUGGACGGAGUGGAGACGUACAUGGUGGUGACCCGGAAUGUAUUCAGCCAUCGCCUCACUGUACACCGCAAAUACGACCUAAAGGGUUCUACGGUCUCAAGGGAAGCCAGUGACAAGGAGAAGGCUAAAGAACUCCCCACUUUUAAAGACAACGACUUCUUGAAUGAAGGCCAGAAGCUGCAGAUAGGAGAUGACAACAAGAAGUACUUUCUGGAGAAGCUAAAAAGGGACGUCGAGUUCCUGGCCACCCUGAAGAUCAUGGACUACAGCCUCCUGGUGGGGAUCCAUGACGUAGAGCGAGCAGAGCAAGAGGAGAUGGAUGUGGAGGGCGGCGGCGAGGAGGACGAGUACGAGAACGACGGGAUGGGAGGCGGCGUGCUCACCGGCUCCUUUGGCACGCCUCCCGACAGCCCCGGAAACCCCCUCAACUGUGGGGGGUUCUUCAGCCCCGGGGAGUUCGACCCCUCUGUGGAUGUUUACGCAAUCAAGAGCCACGACAGUGCUGUGAAAAAGGAGGUGUACUUCAUGGCGAUCAUCGACAUCCUUACGCACUAUGACGCUAAGAAAAAAGCUGCACAUGCUGCCAAAACUGUGAAACACGGGGCGGGGGCCGAGAUCUCGACAGUGAACCCGGAGCAGUACUCCAAACGAUUCUACGAGUUCAUGUCCAACAUCUUAUCAUAGACUCAUCUCCCAGUCCAGUCAGUUCUCAUCAUAGAUCUAUCAAACGCCACUUACUUAUUUCUCUCCUCCUGCACCUCCGUGUAGGUCCGUCUCCCUUCCGCCUCUUUCUCUCUGCUCUCUUUUAAAAGAAAAAAAACAACAAAACUUCCAGCGUCCUCCCACAGCCGGGACCAGCCUGGCAGGACGGACGCAUUCAGCCUGUUACAGUCCCCACAUCACCACCUCCACCACCACCGCCUCCUCAAACUUGUGAAAACCCCUCACCGAAUCUGGAUCCUGAUAAUCUCCCUGUCCUGUUUUUUAAAAAAUGUCCUCCUCAGCCACCUUGUUGCUCCUCACGCCAGCACGGAAACUGUCUCACUAAUGCCUUGAACGAGUGUGUCAGCUUCAGCAGUUAACAGUCCGUUAGUAGAGUCUCUUCGGUUUCUGUUCAUGUUGUUGUUCUUAUGAUUUCUAUUAAACACACAAACACACACACCAAUGUAAACACAGAUGCAGAAUGGUCAGAUUGCAUGACAAACUUCUUCGACAGUCGUCAUCAGGCUUCUCUCUCAGCAACAACAAAAAAAAAAAUAAUGAGGCAAAUUUGGAAUGACAGGAUAAACACAUUAAUAUAUAAUGGUGUAUUAAGUAAAUGAAUGCAAUAUCAAAAAUGCAUGGCUGACGUGUACAUGAGACUCCACCGGUCGAAACAUCAAACCACUGAACUUCUGAGUGUUAUGACGAAAACAAAAAAAAAAAGAGAAAAAAAAUCGGUGUUUGAAUGUUAUGUUGCCAUAUUGUUUUUGAAUAUUUCUCAAAAUUUUAACCGUGAGCUUGGUGGAGGUUGGUCUAAGAAAAAAAUUUACAUAAAAAGGGGAAUUCUGCAGCAAAUACUUGUUUUAUUACCAUAAGGAUCAUUUUUAUAUCUUGUUUACAUUAAUGUAGCAAUUUUGUGUUUGUAUACAGUAUUGUUUUGUUACCAACAGACAUUAGGAAAAAAGGUUACUUGAAAAUGACUCAUUGCAUAUUAAAGGGAGUUUUAUCUUG